CCCGGUGGCCCCAGCCGUGUCCCUGUCGCAGCCUGGAGCAGAUGGUGGCCGCCAGCCCCGGGAAGACGCCCAUCAGCCUGCUGCAGGAGUAUGGCACGCGCCUAGGACGGACCCCGGGCUACGACCUGCUCAAGGCCGAGGGCCAGGCCCACCAGCCCAACUUCACCUUCCGCGUCACCCUCGGGGACAUCAGCUGCACCGGGCAGGGGCCCAGCAAGAAGGCGGCGAAGCACAAGGCGGCCGAGGUGGCCCUGAGGCUGCUCAGAGGGGGGGGGGCCAUGCUGGAGCCCCUGGAGCACAGGGGUGCCCCCCUGGAGAUGAAGACGCCGGUGUCCCCCCCCCAGUCCGAGUGUAACCCCGUGGGGGCUCUGCAGGAGCUGGUGGUGCAGAAGGGCUGGCGCCUGCCCGAGUACACGGUGACGCAGGAGUCGGGGCCGGCGCACCGCAAGGAGUUCACCAUGACGUGCCGCGUGGAGAGAUUCGUGGAGAUCGGCAGCGGCACCUCCAAGAAGCUGGCCAAGCGCAACGCGGCCGCCAAGAUGCUGGUGAGGAUCCACAACGUCCCCAUGGAGCCGCGCGACGGCAGCGAGGCCGAGGGCGAGGAGGACCAGUUCAACAUGACGUGCCCCCGGCUGGAGGGGCUGCGGGGCCGCGCCCCCGGCUGCACCUGGGACUCGCUGCGCAACUCGGCGGGCGAGAAGCUGGGCCAGCUGCGGAGCCGGGGGGGCAACCCCGCGCCGGGGGGGGCCUGCGCCCUCCUGCAGGAGCUCUCGGAGGAGCAGAGCUUCGCCAUCAGCUACCUCGACAUCGAUGCGCUGAGCCUCAGCGGGCUGCACCAGUGCCUGGUGGAGCUGUCCACGCAGCCGACCACGGUGUGCCACGGCACCGCCCCGUCCCGCGACGGCGCCCGCGCCCAGGCCGCCCGCAACGCGCUGCAGUACCUGCGCAUCAUGGCCGGGGGCAAGUGAGCCCUGCCGGGGGGCAAGUGAGCCCUGCUGGGGCAGCUGAGCCCUGCCCGGGGCAAGUGAGCCCUGCCGGGGGGCAAGUGAGCCCUGCCGGGGCAAGUGAGCCCUGCUGGGGCAGCUGAGCCCUGCUGGGGGCAGCUGAGCCCUGCCCGGGGCAAGUGAGCCCUGCUGGGGCAGCUGAGCCCUGCCGGGGGCAAGUGAUUCCUGCCAGGGGCAGCUGAGCCCUGCUGGGGCAAGUGAGCCCUGCUGGGGGGGCAAGUGAGCCCUGCCGGGGCAGCUGAGCCCUGCCUGGGGUGAGUGAGCCCUGCCCGGGGUAAGGCAGCCCCCCCGGGCAUAGGCACUGCCC